AUGUUUAUUUUCCAUUUAAUAGACUUUUGUUUAACAAAAAUUCUUGUAUGUGAUGAGGAAACAAACUACCAGAGUUUGAGACUGAGCUGGGCAUCAAAAUCCAAUUGUGACCAGAGGAAAGCAUUUCGCAGUCCUUUGGGUCGCACAAUUUUGAAGGUGAAACUACUUGACAUGGGGGAGCCUAGAGCUUUGCUUGCAACUGCGCUUUCUCCUCCAUACAUUGAUGACAUUGAACGGACGAUUCUUUUGCUAAAGGAAAUGGGUGCACUGGCAGUGUGUAGACACCGAGAAGAUGACAAUCCAUAUGAUGGGGAGCUCACAUUUUUAGGAAAAGUUCUUGCACAGUUACCUGUAGACCUGCACCUUGGAAAAUUAAUUGUCCUUGGUCAUGUAUUUGGAUGUUUGGAUGAAUGCCUUAUUAUUGCUUCAGCUCUUUCCUUUAACAAUUUUUUUGCAAUGCCAUACAAGCAGCAUCUAGAUGGAUAUAGAUUGCUGAGGAGAACAGAAGAGUCUUCAGUGUGGGGAACGUUUCCUGCUGUAAGCAGCACUGAGGAGGAACUUAAUUGGGGAAAAUCUUAUUACAUUCAGAUCAAAAGGAUUAAAGAGGUUGCUGCUUUGUAUGAAGAAUUGAAAAUACGGAUUUCUCAAUUUAAUAUGCACAUUACUCAAAGACAAGCUGUAGAUGAAGAUUACAAAUUCAAGCAAAAUUUUAUUCUUCAGGUGGUUAUGGCUGGUUCCUUCUAUCCAAAUUAUUUUACAUUUGGUCAGUCAGAGGAAGAAUUAGCUGUUCGAGAACUUGGUGGCAGAGAUCCUAAAACUACUGUCAUGCUAAAGAAUAUUCCUCUCUAUGGAUUUUUGUACCAUAAACAAAUUCAGUCACUGUUUAGGCAGUGUGGUCAAGUGAAAUCAAUAUUAUUUGAUGGAUCAAAAGCUUAUGUUGAGUUCUCAAGAAAUCCUACAGAAAGUUUUAAGAUUCUCACAGCUGCCUAUAUGGCACUUAAAAUGGCACAGUUAAAAGUUCCACUUAUUCUGAAUAUUCAUUCUGUAGAAGAAAUUGAAGAGAGGUCUGAAGAAGCAAUCUCUAGCUUAAAACUUUCUAGAGUCAAUGUGGACUUCCGUAAACAAACUGUAGAUCCGGUACAUUUGUCCCAGGCAAUCCUAGAGCAAUCCGAAACCGUCAAAGCCCUUAUUUUAUCCAUCAAUGUCACAGAGGUAGUAGAAGUUGGACAUUUUUGGGGUUUCAGAAUAGAUGAGCAGAACAUACAUAUAUUGGGCGACUUAACAACAGAAAUAAAUAAUCUUCAGCUUAUGCCACUGUCAGGACGCCCACAUCCUGAGUUGGUAUGCUUGGCUCCAUUUACAAACUUAGAAAAUCAAAGAUACUACCGGGCACAGAUACUGUACUUACGUGGAGAUCUAGCUGAGGUUUUUUUUGUAGAUUAUGGAAACCGGUCAAAAGUUAAGUUAAAUCUGUUGAGAGAUAUUCCAAGCUAUCUUCUCGAUCUCCCAUUUCAGGCUCUUGAAUUCAAGAUCUGUAAGAUGCGUCCCUCAGCAAAGUCUAUAAUAUAUGGAGGACAUUGGAGUCAUGCAGCUAGUGAGAGAUUUGCCUCCUUGGUAAAUGGAUGUGCUCUUGUGGUUAAAGUCUACUCUAUUGUCCACAGCAUUCUGCAUGUUGAUGUAUAUCGACAUUUUGAAAAUGUAGAAGACCUGAGUAUAAGAGACUUGCUAAUUGCAGAUGGUUUUGCAGAGCCAGCUGAGGAAUCAUAUGAGUCAAAUCAAAGCAAUGAAGUCUUAAAAGAGGUUUAUUCAAAAAGAAAUAAAACCAAGACAGCAGUGUCCAACUUUGGAGAAAAAGAAAAAGUUCUUAUUAACAACCUGCUGGAAAACUUUUCUGCUAAAAAGUUUGGCGCACAGAGUUGUAAGGUUCUACUUCAUGGCCCAUAUAAUCCUUACGAAGUUCAGUUUCAUAGCAUGAUGAGAGUUUCUAAAUUUAGGUCUGUUUUGAUAGAAAAAGAAAGCAUCAACUCCAUUGUAAUCAAUGACACACCUGAAGCUUCUCAUCAAAGAAUGUUCAUAGCUGCAUCACUGUCUGUUAAUGCUUCUGGGUCUGCUUUAAUGUUACGAGAAACAUCUCUGCUCCCCUCCAUCCCUGGACUUCCAGCGAUAAUUAGCAUGUUGUUUGCUCCUGUAAUAGAGCUGAGAGUGGACCAAAAUAUACAAAAUUAUACAGGUGUACUCUGUGGUUUGGGAUGGCACAAGGAAAGUGGUACUGCAAUAUGGCCAGAACGUGACAUGGAGCUAGCGUUUGAUGUUCAAUUUAAUGUUGACGACAUAGUGCAGAUUAAUCUUUUAAGAUCAGCAAUUAACCACAUUGUUUGCCAUAACCCUGAUGGGUCACUUAACUUGGGACAUGAUAGGACUGCCUGGCUUCAAGAGGAUGUUCGGGAGAAACUUAUAAAUUUGAUUCAAAAUGAGAAGCCAAGAGAGAAGAUUGCUCCCAGAUGGUAUCCAAAACUGUACCACUGGAAUCAGGUAUAG